AUGGAGGCACUUUUCAACUGGAAUUAUUUUGUCGCGCUCCUUCUCCUCCUUUAUGCUGGAGGUGAGGUGAGGUGUGAUUGCACUGAGGAGAAUAUUAAAAUCAACGGAGGUCAUUAUACUCUGACCAAGCAUCUGGACAAAGACAGCUGGCUUGUCUACCACUGUCCUGAAGGCUACUAUCCAUAUCCUCAUUUUCGACAUUCAUGCCAGCCCGGUGGAAACUGGGAACCUGCGCCUUCAAGUCAUCAGAAAUGCAAACUUGUCCAGUGUCCUGACCCUACUGUGCUUCAGGAUGGAUUCAUCACCCCUCAGUUGGACACAUACUUUGUUACCAAUGUGACCACUUUUGAGUGCCGUGCUGGAUUCACUAUGAGAGGAUCGUCGAGUCGUACCUGUUUGCCAAACGGGAAAUGGAGUGGUGAUACUACUAUCUGCAGCCGUGACUCCAUGAGCGCCUGUGCUGAUCCUGGAGUCCCACCUGGAGCCUCACGAACUGGGAACACAUUUGAAAUUGGCAACAAAGUGAAAUACGCCUGCAAUGAGGACUUAUUUUUGGUGGGUUCCAGUGAAAGAGUGUGCCAGGAGAACGGCUAUUGGACUGGAAAAGAGCCGGCAUGUUAUUAUAAAUACACAUAUGACACUGCACGUGACGUUUCAGAGAAUUUUGGCCGAAAGAUUAAGGACAUCCUCACAAUGCCACAGCCUGAGGAUGUUAAACAAGAAGGGAAAACGAUCAGGAUUGCAAAGAACGGGACACUCAAUAUCUACAUUGGUCUGGAUGUUUCCCCGGGCAUCAAUGAAGACCACAUUAAAGGAGGAAUAGAAGCUAUCAAAACAUUUAUCCAAAAGGUGUCUUCUUUCAGCGUUUCACCGAACUACGAAAUCUUUUUUUUCACCUCUGAAAUACAUGAAGUUGUCAACAUAAUGGACUUUAUGGAUUCCCAACACAACUCACCAGCAUCUGUGAUAAGCAAGUUGGAAAGUUUUAAGUUACCUAAGACCACUGGAACAAAUAUAAAUCUCGCCUUCAGGACAGUUGAGGAGCGCAUGGCUAUAAUAAAGGUGCGAGUCGGACAGGAGAACUUUAAAGAACACCGUCAUGUCAUAAUCCUGUUAACAGAUGGUGCCUAUAACAUGGGUGGUAACCCUUUACCCACUGUUGCAAGAAUAAAGAGAAUGGCCUACAUGGGCCAGACAGAUGGCUCCAGAGAUGAAUAUCUUGACAUUUAUGUUUUUGCCAUUGGAAUUGACAUCUUUGAUGACGACCUGCAGCCUCUCACAGCAGGAACCGGAGGCCAGCAUUACUUCAGACUGAGAGAUGUCACAAAUUUACAGGAAACCUUUGAUGAAAUAAUUGUUGCUGUGACGGAAAACUUCCUGUGCACUGGUGGUAUUGAUCUUUACAGAGAACACAUAGCGUGUUUAAGUGACGCUGGAGGAGCUGUGUUUAAGGAUUAUAAGCUUCGCACAAUCCAGAUUGGACUGGUGAGCUGGGGCACCCAACCAAUGUGCGCUUCUGGUGGUCUGUUUGAGUCCAGUGAAGAUUCCAGAGAUUUCCACAUUAAUCUCUUCAGAAUGGUCCCUUUCCUGAAGUCUAUCCUUGGCAAAGAUGAUCAGGAUGACUAUGAACCACUUAAGUUUUUGAGUUAG